CAGCAGUCCCGCCACAUGGAUGCAUAGCAGCAGGUCCCGCCACAUAGCAGCAGUCCCGCCACAUGGAUGCAUAGCAGCAGGUCCCGCCACAUAGCAGCAGUCCCGCCACAUGGAUGCAUAGCAGCAGGUCCCGCCACAUAGCAGCAGGUCCCGCCACAUAGCAGCAGGUCCCGCCACAUAGCAGCAGGUCCCGCCACAUGAAUGCAUAGCAGCAGGUCCCGCCACAUGGAUGCAGGUCCCGCCACAUGGAUGCAUAGCAGUGGUUGUUGUUGUGGGUCUCAGCAGCAGCAGUCAUGUUCGCGGUGCGCAUCGUCACCGCCGACUACUACCUGGCCAGUCCGCUCCCUGAGCUGGACGUGGGCUAUUCCGAGUUCCGGGGCAGUGACGUCCAGAAGGUUCCGGUGGUGCGAGUGUUCGGAGCCACGCCUGCAGGCCAGAAAACGUGUCUCCACCUUCACGGCGUGUUCCCCUACAUCUAUAUUCCCUUUGACGGCUAUGGACAACAACCGGAGCUCUACCUGCGUCAGGUGGCCUUCAGCAUCGACCGAGCCCUCAACGUUGCCAUGGGAAACCCCACGUCCAAUACCCAGCACAUCUUCAAGGUGGUGUUGGUCUCUGGCAUGCCUUUCUAUGGCUACCACUCCAAAGAGAAGCACUUUAUGAAGAUCUAUCUGUACAAUCCUCAGAUGGUCAAAAGGGUGUGUGAGCUGCUGCAGAGCGGGGCGGUGCUGAACAAGAUCUACCAGCCUCACGAGGGCCACAUCCCUUACCUGCUGCAGCUCUUCAUGGACUACAACCUGUACGGCAUGAACCUGCUCAGCCUGGCCGCGGUCAAGUUCCGCAGGAGCCACAACAAAGAUGAGGUGCCAGCAGCCCCAGACAGGCAGACUCCAACCAGUCCUUUCAUGGCCAACAGUCCCUCUACGUCCAAACUAAACCACAGCACCCUUGGGAGUACCUUUGUUCGCUGGGAGGAGAACGCCAUCCCUUGCUCCCUGGUCCUGGAGGAGGUGGAGAGGCAGAGCACCUGUGAGCUGGAGGUGGAUGCGGUUGCCGUGGACGUCCUCAACCGUCUGGAGAUUGAGAAUCAGAUUGGAAGGAACCCCGGUCUACAAGCUAUUUGGGAGGAUGAGAAGCAGCGGAGGAGAGAAAAGAACAAGGACUCACAGAUAGAAACCCCAGAGUCACAAGAUCGAGAGUUCAUCUCUUCAACUGAAAGUGAGCAACUCUUCAUGAACAAACUGAAGGAGAUUCUGCGGGACAAUGAGUUUGAUGUGACGCAGACCUCCACUCUCGGGUAUGAAAAGGACUUGAGUGAAUUCACCCUCCAUUCUUCUCUCCAUGGGACCCCUGAGGAGAUGCAGUGUACGCCUGCUUCAGCUGUGGACCUACACGAGGACUCUGAGCCAGAACGUGUGGAAAGUAGGGCUGACGUCCCAGAAGAGGCUGUUGUUGACGAGGAAGCCAUUUUGAGUCUCCUGGAGAACAGUCAGAACUUUCUACAGCAUUCUCAGACAUCCAACCACUCAUCCCUCUUAGACAACAGCCAAGACCGAGCCAUGGUAGAUCUGCUGGCAGGUCUAGCAGACGAUGAGUUCUGCAGGACUCCGGUUCUGCACAGCUCCCAGUCCUUGUCCUUUCCCGGUGCUAAGAGCGAGCACUACAACAGCGAUGAAGAGGAGGCGCGGCCGGCGCUGGACGAGGAAGAGGCAGACCUCAGCAUCACCAUGUCCCAGCGGUGGGACCAGGAGUCACCUGCCAGCUCCUUCCUGCCCAGGCCCGGUUCCAAGGAGGCUGAGGACAGUCUGAGUGAUGAGCAACAGGACUUCUCUGAUGAAGACAUGGAGUGCGGUGCAAGUCAUUCUUUAUUCAACCUCUCCAUCCCCCAGCUGGACGGGGCGGCGGACGAAAGCAGCGAUUCAUCCUUAACAGAGAGUGGCUCUCGGACUCAGUCUUCUCUCUUAGUCACGGAGAAGAUAAUAGUGAAAAGGAAUCCCUUCCCUGGAGAGAUUGGCCAUCCUGAACCCCCUCCCACAGCUAAGAUCUUUCUGGAAUGUAAGCUCCCAGAGCACCGACCGGUUCAUGUGCUAGACACGGAGCAACCACUCGACAAGCACUUUCAGCCUAAGAGCCGUCAAGACAGCAGUAGUGAAUGUUCCGCGGGCUUAAAGGUCAAUAAAGAAAUCCCGUACAUCCCCCCGGUCAAACACCCGAUCCCCUGCAAGACAAUCAGUCACCCGGAGGUGCAGGCCGUCUGUGGUGACAAAGAGGACAUUCGAAAAGCAUCUUUAGCUCUGGAUAACGCGGAUAUUAACAGUUUCCAAUUCAGCAACAGUAAGAUCACCAAAAGAAGGAAGAAUUACAGCAGCAUGACGAAUGUAGAAACCAACUGUCUGUCGAUCCUUCAGAACCACAGGGCCUUCUCUCUCUGCUACUCCGAGCUGAGGAACUGCUCCACCAAGGCGGACCUCGAACUUAGCCAGAUGGACAGAAAUAGCCCCCACCUGAGGAGUAUUUCUUCAGCCCCAUCAGUGCUGCAAGAGGACGUUUUUCAUAAGGGGGAGAAAAGUCAAGACAGCGAAGAAGGAGAUGUGGGCGAGCUGAAAAUAAGGUACGAGGACUAUCAGAAAAACAAAACCGAAAAGACUGUCGUCGGCCAGCAGGAAGCACACUACAAGUUUUUCCCGAGUGUCAUUCUCUCUAACUGCCUGAAUAGAAAGAAAGCGUUCAGCAAAAAGCUCCCUGAGCCGGAGCAGUUGCAAAAUCGCAGGUCCAGGCUAAAAGUCGGUAAAAAGAGAUCGUCAGGCCCGAGAAACAAGUUAAACAUAGAUGACAGCUCCACCUCCGAUAGCCAGAUUAGCAUGGGCUGCACCUCUGUCACUCCCGAUCACCCCGGCAUUGGGGACACAGAAAUGUUAGUUUGUGAGGAGGAUUUCGCAAAAGAGUCCAUCUCGGACGAGCCGGUCCAAGAGGGACAAUCGCUCACGAAAGAUGAGCCAGAAAUUGGGGAGAGAUUUGUAAACAAAGCGGCCGAACAGCUUCCUGUGCCCACUUCCACGGACACUGACCCAGCUCUCAGUUUCUCAGAGGACACUAAAGAAGACAGUUUAAGUCUCCUGCAAGAUUUAGCCACCACAACCAGUUGUACAAACCCCUCAUCCCUGCCUGGGAGUAAAUACACUCUGAGGACUAAACGGAAGAUGUUAUACGACAGCGAGGACGGAGACUACGUAGGCACUGCCCGCUCUAAAAGCCAAUCCACCGUGAAAGAACGUCUCAAAGGGUGCAACGUCCGUAGUGGGCAUGACCUAAAAUACCAGAAACGGCGUAAGAAGGAACCCCCUGUCAUCGUCAAGUACAUCAUUAUCAACAGGUUCAAAGGACAGAAGAACAUGUUGGUGAAAAUGUGUAAGGUCAACGCAGAGGAGCAGAGGGUAACACUGACAAAGGAGAAGUUGGAUGAGUACAAUAAAUUGGCUCCUCUGAAGGAUUUCUGGCCAAAGAUUCCAGAGUCUACCGCAGUCGAGUUCCCGGUCGUGGAGGCAAAGGCAAAAAAACAGCAGAAACGGAAGUCGAAAGUCAACUCUACAAAUAAAAGUACUGUAAACAACUCCUCCAAAUGUCAAUCUGGAUCGGAUGAAAAGGUCAAAAGAAAAAAGGGAUCUCAGAGGAGUCAAGGUUUACCCUCCUUACCCCCUCCUCGACCAUGUUACUGUGAGCAUGCAGAUGACCAGAACCGGGAUUAUACCGAUGUUAUGUUGGAGCUAGGCUAUCUCUCUGACGGUGCACAAAGCCCAACAGACUCAACGCCCCCUCGCUGCUGGUCUCCAACAGACCCCGUCAUGGCCCGGACGACUUCAAAGCAACUAAAAAACCCACUCAGUGAUCCGUGUCUUAGUUUUUCUCAUCAAAUGCCACUGUUUGCAACCAAAAGAGCUCAAAGCAGGUGUAAAACGUCCAAACCUAAGACAUCAACAGAUUGUAAAAGGAACCUCAAGAAAAAGUCUGCAACUAAGACCCUAGGAGAAAAUCCAAAAAACGAGGAAUUACAAAUCAAAAAGGCUAAUCCAAGACGGGGAAGGAAAGCUGUCGGGACGGAUGAAAAAAUAGACAGCACAGCAAACACCCCAAAACCCAGAUGGGCAAACAAAAGGAAAUCAAUGGAUUCUAAACAUCACAAUACCAGGAAAGAUAUAUCAAAAGUACUUUUCCCAGAAGAGGAUUCAUCUCUGUCAAAAAAGCUAGUAAAUGUAGGUAACAGUCAAGACCAGACAACAGUUGUACCAAAAAUCGAGGACUCUAAGAUUUCUAUCUUAGAGUCCAAUCAAAACGUGUCACCACAGGUUCAGACAAAGCAGCAAAGUUGUCAGACCACUGUUGUAAAGGUAGAACCUGGCACGGGGGACUUCAGAGCGUCAACAUGUUCAACCUCACUAGAAGACCGUAAAAACGCUCACUCAGCAAAAGCCUCCACACAGUCAGGCUUAACCAACAGACAGGUUUCCGGUCUCUCCCAGACCCCCUGCAGCUUGUCUGUCCUCAGGAAACUUUACCAAAAGAGUCAGCAUGGUCAAACUCCGGUGGGGGAUUCUGCCAACCGUUCCACUGUCGCAGCUCCAAUAACAAAAGUAGGCAAAUCAAGAAAGGCUACUCCAAGGAAACCACUGGCCACCACUUCUUCUAUACCCAAGGAUAUCAAACCCAGGAAAAGAAAGAGCAAGCCAAACAACACUCGGCCUACUUUGUCGGUGAAGCAGGAGGACAUAACGUUGGAUGACUGCUUGCUCUUUCCGUCCAACCCGGACAUGGACACUUGCAACCUGAUAGAAGACAGUCUGUCCCCAGAACUGCCACACAACUGUUCCUUUGACAUAAACGCCAUCGAUCAGACAGAAUUCUCCAGCCCGUACAGCGGCACUCAGUUUGUCCUGACUGACAAACAUUUACCUCUGAAGUUUUUGAGCGAUGCCAACCAGGAAGCAGUUGUUGCCCAGGCACUGGGCUUCGAAAAGAAGUCGGAUUGGCUGCCAGGUUCUGAGGAGGACUUUGAAUGGCACCGGUUCAAGCCUUCCAGUGCUGACAUCCUGGACAGACGGGACCACGGGGAGGGUGCACCCAACCACCUCACCUUCAUUGACUCUGACAAGUUCCACCCCAGAGAUGGCCACUUGUCUUCAGGCCACGCCCAAACCCUCAGCCCCUUUCAGGACUUCCACUGUGAAAGAAAAGAUCUGCUGUUCUCAGCCUGUGAUCCCGUGUUGCCUCUGAGCUCCGCCUCAUUCGCCUGUCAUGAGGGCUCUCCGACGGGCGACUUUCUGGAAUGCAUUGACGGGUUCACGUCCCCCACGCCGAGUAGCUCUCCUCGGUCUGUCAGCUCCUUCUCUCAGGUGAGGGCCAGCCAGGUGCUGCGGGGACCAGGAGGAGGCGGAGCCCACAUUCUGAAGCCCCUCAUGUCCCCUCCGAGCAGGGAGGAGAUCCUCAGCACUUUGCUGGACCUGGAGAUAUCAGAGGCCACCUUUCAGGAGCCCUUCUGCAGUGACCCCUCCGACGCCCCUGGAAAACCAAUGGAUGUUGGUGGUCGUAAGCUCACGGUGGGAACCAGACUGGCACACCACUUAAAAGAGUUCAGCGGAGAACUGUGCAUGGAGGGUCUGCACUUCUGGAAGACGGCCUUCUCCGCCAUGACACACCCCGCCUCCACCUCCAGCCACACCUCAUCCCCGGCCCUGCAGAGAGGGCGAGCAUGUAACGAACAGCCUGUGAGGGAGUCCUCGGUCGGGGACCAGCAGGUCAUCCUGCUCCCCUGCAAAAGUGCACCAAGCGGGGAAGACGUGCGGCUGUGGCUGGAAGCCAGGAGGCAGUACCAGACCUUGCAGACGGGGAUCACGCAUGCAGAUCUGCUGAAGAAGGAUGAAGUGGCCAUGUCAGAUGUUCCCAGCUCCUCCACAAAACUCAACCGAACCCCAAGGAGAAGAAAGCAUGAGCUCUCACUGGUCCUCUCUCCCACAAGGAGUCCAUGUAGUCCAGCACCCCAUGAAGGUUCUGUCCAUCUGGACCAGGAGGAUGGACAUACAGAGACCCACACAAGCUCUCCGGAGUCUCCAGAGCUGCCGACAUGGCAGCAUCAUCCCAGUCAACCCUUGUCACCGGAACUCUCCGUGGACCGACCGGGCAGCCCCACCUUUCCCCACGUCCAAGAUGAGGACGUGAUGGACUCCCCACGUCUUCACAGCACUCCUUUUGUAAAGAGGAGGCGUGACCAUGUGGCGCCUGUAUGCAGCACACCCGUCACCCGCGAUGAUCCUGUCGCCCAGAGAAUCCAGCAGAGGAGGAGGAGCCAAGCCGAUCCCCUGAGAAGAGUCUUGCUGGACACACAGAUGAAGAACCAUUUUGCUGCUUUAAAUGUUCCGAAAAGAGACAAUUCUCAGAUCGAGGGUCCCAGCCUCCUCAACACUUACGGCUUCAAAGUCAGCAUGCAGAACCUGCAGGAUGCCAAAGCUCUGCAUGAGGUGCAGUACCUGACUCUAAUGGGCAUGGAGCUCCAUGCGCGUAAUCGCCGUGACCUCCAGCCUGAUCCCGAGUUUGACCCCGUAUGUGCCUUGUUUUACUGCCUGGCUUGUGACGCUCCCUUGCCAGACGUAGACGCGUGCCAGUUGACGGGUGCCAUCGUGGUGCAUGAAGACCGCAGCGGUCACGGCCGAGCAGGUGGCAGAGGAACAGCACCCCUGCUGGUCAGGUCCGGCAUCUCCGGGCUGCAGGUGACAUAUGCUGCAAAUGAGAAGAUGCUGUUUCAGGAACUGGUGGCAGUCAUGAGAAAAUUUGACCCAGAUAUCCUGUUUGGAUACGAGGUGCAGAUGCAGUCCUGGGGCUACCUUCUUCAGCGGGCAGCGGUGGUAGGAGUGGACCUCUGUCAACAACUGUCCAGAGUGCCUGGUGACUCCAGAGACAAUCGCUUCACUGCAGACAGAGACGAGUACGGAGCGGACACCAUGUCUGCCAUCAACAUCAUCGGACGUGUCGUCCUCAACUUGUGGAGAAUCAUGAAAACAGAGGUGACAAUCAACAACUACACUUUUGAGAACGUGGCCUUCCAUGUGCUGCACCAGCGCUUCCCCCACUACAGCCCCCGCACACUGUCCGACUGGUUUGACCACCACACUGACCUCUACAGGUGGAAAACGGUGGACCACUACGUGAGCCGCGUGCAGGGUGCCAUGCAGCUCCUGCAGCAGCAGGACAUCGUCGGCAGAACCAGUGAGCUCGCCAGACUCUUCGGGAUCCAGUUUUUCCACGUUCUCACUCGAGGCUCUCAGUACCGUGUAGAGUCCAUGAUGCUGCGUGUGGCCAAGCCCCUCAACUACAUCCCGGUGACGCCCAGCGUGCAGCAGCGGGCCCAGCAGAGGGCACCUCAAUGUGUGCCCCUGAUCAUGGAGCCAGAAUCCCGCUUUUACAGCAACUCUGUGGUGGUUCUGGACUUCCAGUCGCUUUAUCCCUCCAUCGUCAUCGCCUACAACUACUGCUACUCCACCUGCCUGGGUCACAUGGACAGCUUGGGAACCACGGACGAGUUCAAGUUCGGCUGCACCUCCCUGCGGGUUCCCCCGGAGCUCCUCUACCAGCUCCGUAAUGAUGUCACCGUGUCACCCAACGGCGUCGCCUACGUCAAGGCCUCGGUGCGUAAAGGUGUCCUUCCCAGCAUGCUAGAAGAGAUCCUGCAGACCCGCAUCAUGGUGAAGAAGUCCAUGAAGGCCUACAAGCAGGACAAAGCGCUCAUGAAGCUGCUGGACGCCCGUCAGCUGGGACUCAAACUCAUCGCCAACGUCACCUUCGGCUACACCGCCGCCAACUACUCGGGGCGCAUGCCCUGCGUGGAGGUGGGUGACAGUAUUGUCCACAAAGCCAGGGAGACGCUGGAGGGAGCCAUCAAGCUGCUCAAUGACACCAAGAAGUGGGGAGCGCGUGUUGUCUAUGGAGACACUGACAGCAUGUUCGUGUUGUUGAAAGGUGCCACCAAGGAACAAGCCUUCAAGAUUGGUCAGGAGAUGGCUGAGGCCGUGACUGCAACCAACCCCAAACCUGUCAAGCUCAAAUUUGAGAAGGUGUACCUCCCGUGCGUGCUGCAGACCAAGAAGCGGUACGUGGGCUACAUGUACGAGAGUCUGGACCAGAAGGAGCCUGUGUUCGAUGCCAAGGGGAUCGAGACGGUGCGUCGCGAUGGUUGUCCUGCCGUUUCCAAGAUCCUGGAGCGUUCCAUCAAGCUGCUCUUUGAGACGCGCGACAUCAGCCAGGUCAAACACUUUGUUCAGCGCCAGUCUGUGAAGGUCCUGGACGGCCGAGCCAGCAUGCAAGACCUCACCUUCGCCAAGGAGUACAGAGGCAGCGGCUCCUACCGGCCCGGCUCCUGCGUCCCUGCCUUGGAGCUCACCAGGCGCAUGAUGGCGUACGACCGCCGGCUGGAGCCGCGCGUGGGCGAGCGCGUGCCCUACGUGGUGGUGUACGGCCCGCCUGGCACACCCCUCAUCCAGCUGGUGCGCAGACCCCUGGACGCCCUGCAGGACCCCAGCCUGCGCCUCAACGCCACGUAUUACAUCACCAAGCAGAUCCUGCCCCCGCUGGCACGCAUCUUCCAGCUCAUUGGUGUGGACGUCUUCAGCUGGUACCAGGACCUGCCCAGGAUCCAGAAGGCGUCCUGUCCCUCGGUCUACGGUGGCGAGGAGGCGCGCAGGAAGGGCACCAUCUCCCAGUACUUCACCACCCUGCACUGCCCCGCCUGCGACCGCCUCACCCCGCUGGGCGUGUGCGCGCCCUGCCGCUCGCAGCCCCAGCGCGUGGCCGUGGUCCUCCAGCAGGACCUGAGGCGCUGGGAGCAGGAGCAGGACCAGCUGCUGAAGGUGUGCAGGAGCUGCAGCGGCUGCAGCGAGCGCCACGUGCCCUGCGUCUCUCUGGACUGUCCGGUCCUCUACAAGCUGACCAGGACCAGCCGGCAGCUGGCCAGGGCGCCUUACCUGCGACAGCUGCUGGAGCAGUUCUGAUUGGCCCCGCCCCCAAGUUGAAGACCCUCACACAAACAUCAUGAGAGUCUAACGAUUGUAAGGAGCGUCACACACCAGAAUGCAGUUUUCUAAAGAGGGACGCCAUCUUAGCUACCUUUUUCUUAAACAGGGACUGUUGCAAUACUUUAGUUUCUUUUCUCAUCAUUGACCAUUUGUUGUGCAUUUGAGUCUUGUGUAGGUUUCAAAUCCACCUUGCUGUCAUCAGGAUGUGAUGUAUAAAUGUAAAAAACAUGAACAUUGUCUUUUAAUGGCUGUUGCUGUGGGGUGAAGUUCCAGAUUGAUAUAAUAAAAAGUGUUCC